AUGGAUCCUUCAGAUUUCUGUGUUAUUUUUGUUCCUGGCGCUUGGCAUCCAGCACGAUGCUUUAAGGCAGUGGGUGACAUCCUUGAGCACGCUGGCUUCAACGUUGACUAUGUCGACCUUCCUUCAGUUGGUGCAGAGCAGAGCCUCACCAACUUCGCCCCAGACGUUGCGGCCAUUCGACAGGCCAUAUCCCAAGCUGCCGCCAAAUGCCAAAAGGUCAUCCUCGUCGCUCACUCCUAUGGCGGCAUCCCUUCCGCAGAGGCAAUUGGUGCCUUUGGGCCUGGAGGCGCUGUUGCACACUUUGUGCUCUGCUGCUCGUUCAUCAUCCCGAAAGACAAGUCCUUGAUUGCUGCUUUCGGCGGCCAAGAUCUCCCAUGGUGGUCUAUCUCAGAGGACAGACUCUCCGUCGAGGCAUCUACACCGGAGAAAAUCUUCUAUAAUGACCUGUCGCCUGAACAGGUUGCAGCGAUUGUACCCGUUCUGAAGCCGCAUAGCUACCAGGUCUUCCAUACGCCUCUUACAUAUGAAGGGUGGAGGCAUGUGCCGACAACGUACAUUUACUGCUCUUUGGAUGCUGCGAUCCCUAUUCAUAUCCAGAAGCUGAUGGUUGAGGAGACGGCUAAAGGUGUUGAUGUUAAUACCCAGGAGAUCAAUGCAGGACAUAGUCCUUUUAUCAAUAUGCCUGAGGAAGUUGCAUCUUGUAUCCAGAAAAUUGCAAAAUAA